GACCCUGACCAUCGAAGCAUUUCUUCGAGCGAGGGUUGAGUCCAUUCAUAAUUGAACAAUCGACACAAGGCCGCGGACUAUCCGACGAGCUAUCAACACACUGAUCGAUUCGCGAGUUUUUUUUGCGAUUAACCAUUAGACCGUGAUCGGGGAAAGACUCGCGCGAAGAAUUCGCUCAGCGAAACAUCGCUGGCGAAUCUACUGUCCAUUUUGUCACGAUGAUCCUCUCGACGAUCGAGAAAUCAUCCUUUCCGAUCUGAUCGUUUCUGGGAUGCGAGAGAUGUCAUCGCGAAUCGACUGACAUUUCGAAUUGCUGUGCGUGUCGAUGUUAUAGUCUUCCGGGCUAUGCGAGCGAUACGUAGCGAGAAAAUCUCAAAGAAUUAUCAACAUGGACGAUAGCAAGCUGCAAGUAGACAAUGACAGCCAGCACAAUCACAGUCGACGACCGAGCAGCUGGGGCGCUUUUCUUCAUCCCGACGACAACAGUCCGGUCGAGCAUCAGUUCAACGACGAGAAAUCGAGCGGUUCCGGAAACAUCUCGUCGCGCGAGUCCUCCUCGGGCGAAUCGACGCCGAUAAGAACAAGAUCUCAGAGUGCGCUGAAAUCACCGGAACCGAUCGGUUCCGUCUGUUCGAACAGGAACGUUAUUUACGAGCCCGAUAAGAACGGAGGCCUGCCGCCGGUCGGAGGAACGCCUAACAUCAAUUCAAUCAGAAGGCUAUCGAAGGCCAGUGUAUACCCGUCCGGAACGAAUCUGAUCGCUCAGGAUGCCUUUGGUCCUAAACUCACAGCACCCGCUAGUCCGGAAAUCAACCCCUCGCUACCGGCUACGCCAGUCUCGCUGGACUUCGCCGAGACCACUGGAGAUUCAUUGCCGUCGAAAGAAACGGAAACGGGAAUCGAUUCCGACACACUCUACUUUCGCGACGGUCACCGAAGAAUCGAUAUGGUAUUAGUCUACCAAGAAGAGAACGAGGGAGUUAUGACCGAAAUAGAAGCUCGUCGGCGAGAACAGAGAAAGGUUUUUCAGCAGAAUCUCGUGAAGGAGGGUCUUCAAAUGGAACUCGAGCCGAAAGAGAACUCGUUCGAUGGGAAAACGUUUUUUCUGAAAUUGCACAUACCGUGGAAAAUCAAAGUGCAAUACGCCGAGGUGAUGGGACUGAAGUUACCUACCAAAAAGUUCAAAACGAUCCCGAUGAAGACUUGGCAGGAUGCGGAAGGUGCCAAAGAAAUGUCAAAGUUCUGGAAGAAAUGGAUGCAGUGGGUCGAGUGGAUACGCAAAAUUCACAUUUGGGACACGACCAAGUACCCGAAGGAACCGAAUUUUUACGACUACAUCGAUUCGAGCGAUCGCGAGGAAAGAUUCAUCGUGAAGGAAAGAGACAACGCUUACACGCCCGCUCAGAGAUCGCUGAUAGUGAUGCAGAUAUUGUUACGGGCGAGGUUUGACGAGAGCAACGAGAAGUCCGGUAUUCGCAGACUUCUGGCGGACGGGACGUAUCUCGAUUGUUUCUCUCUGCACGAGGGUCCUUACAACAAACCCAUGCGCAGCGGCGAGAUUCUCGACAGACAUCUGUUGUACUUGAUAUGGGCGAGACCCUCGCAAUGGUAUAAGAAGCAACCGUUGUGGCUAAUAAGACGAUACUUUGGCGAGAAGGUUGCUCUUUACUUCGCCUGGUUGGGAUUUUACACAAAAUGUCUGUACGCGCCAGCUUUCGUGGGUCUCUUGUGUUUCAUUUACGGCCUCGGGAGUAUGGACGGUGAAGAUAACGUUCCCAGCAAAGAAAUUUGCGACCCUAAUUUAGCUGGAAAUAUCACUCUGUGUCCUCUCUGUGACAAAGCUUGUACUUAUCAAAAACUCGGCGAUUCCUGUAUAUUCUCGAAACUAACGUACUUAUUCGACAAUCCCGCGACUGUCUUCUUCGCUAUUUUCAUGUCCUUUUGGGCCACGACGUUUCUCGAACUGUGGAAGCGACGGCAAGCCGUGAUCGUUUGGGAGUGGGAUCUUCAGAACGCCGAUUACGACGAAGAGCCCAGACCCGAGUUCGAGGCGACCGUUAAAACGUACCGAAUAAAUCCCGUUACGAAAGAGAGAGAACCGUAUCUGCCCAAUUGGUCUAAGGCCAUACGAAUGACCGUUACAGGCUCGAUGGUGUUUUUUAUGAUAUGCGUGGUUCUCGGAGCGGUUCUAGGCACGAUUGUGUAUCGCAUUUCGCUGGUCGCUGUAUUUUACGGCGGCGGCGGCUCUUUCCUGAAGAGACACGCGAAAAUAUUCACUUCCAUGACCGCGGCUCUCAUUAACUUGGUGAUAAUAAUGAUACUUACGCGAAUAUAUCACCGUUUAGCACGUUGGAUGGUGAAUUUGGAAAAUCCGAGAACGCAGACGGAGUACGAAGCCAGUUUUACGUUUAAAAUCUUUCUGUUUGAAUUCGUCAACUUUUACUCUUCCUUGAUUUAUAUCGCAUUUUUCAAGGGAAGAUUUUUCGUCCAACCUGGCGACGCGGAUGCGAGAGCCUCCGAAUUUUAUCGCAUUAAAACGGACGUGUGCGAUCCAGCCGGUUGUCUCUCAGAAGUCUGUAUUCAACUUGCAAUUAUAAUGGUCGGCAAGCAAUGCUUUAACAACAUUCUCGAGAUCUUGUCGCCGAAAUUGUGGAACUGGUGGCGCAAGAGAACGCAAGUCGCGGCGACGAAAGACCACGACAGAAGAUACACCGCUUGGGAGAAGGAUUAUCAGCUUCAGGAUCCCGGAAGACUGGCUCUGUUCGACGAAUACCUGGAGAUGAUUCUGCAGUACGGAUUUGUGACACUGUUCGUGGCGGCGUUUCCGCUAGCACCUCUUUUCGCGUUGUUGAACAACAUCGCCGAGAUAAGACUGGAUGCGUAUAAAAUGGUGAAGGAGGCCCGAAGACCUUUGGCCGAACGAGUGGAGGAUAUCGGCGCCUGGUUGGGUAUUCUUAGGGGUGUUACUUACGUGGCGGUGGUGUCAAAUGCUUUCGUUAUCGCGUACACAUCCGACUUUAUUCCACGAAGCGUGUACGCGUUCGUUUACUCGCCCACCAGUGAUUUGGUGGGUUACAUCGACAGCUCGUUGUCGGACUUCAAUACUUCCGAUUAUCUCGACGACAUGAAAAGCGACGUGGAAGACGAACAUCCGGAGAUAUGCCAAUACCGGGGCUACAGAAAUCCUCCGAAUCAUCCGGAUCCUUACGGACUCAGUCCGCAGUAUUGGCACGUUUUUGCCGCGCGUUUGGCAUUCGUUGUUGUCUUCGAGCACGUUGUUUUUGCACUCACCGGUAUUAUGAGCUACGUGAUACCGUGCGUGCCGCAUUCCUUGGAGACUCAACUGCAACGCGAACGACUGAUCGCACAGGAGGAGAAGUACGAGAAGGAAAUAAGAGGCAAAGAGGACGAAGACGACUUGCUCUCGGUGUUGAGAGAAGCCGGAAGCAUCGGCAGAGGAAGUUGGGCCAGACGGUUCAGCAAGCUGAGUGACGUUCUGGAUACUACUACUCACGCUGACGGUGGUGUCAGGCACAGCAAGCGCAGCGACGGAUCCACAGUCUGGGAAGUCCCAUGAUCGUUAUUAUUUCUUUCCGCGCCAUUCCAAUCAUGAAUUAUUACGAAAGAAUAAUAAGAAAAGAUCAAACGCCAAAAUGCUGUAUUCUCUAUUUCCUUCUAGA